AUGGUUAAGGGAAUGAGCUCAUCUGAGAUUUGCAAUCUUAUCCAAAAUGUGUUUAAACCUGACAAAAAAUAUUCAUUUCCUAAGACUAGUGGCAGAAGCUUCAGGUAUGAUUGGCUAGAAUUACAUUCAUGGCUUUGUUAUUCACCUUCUCAAGAUGGUGCAUUCUGUUUGUCAUGCGUUCUGUUUGGAGAUCGCUUUCCUGGUAAAUGUAGCAAAAUUCAUAAUUUAUUUUCUCAACCUCUUCGCCAUUGGAGUGGUGCAGCAUAUACUUUGAAACAUCAUGCUGGACAGGGUUUAGGUGGGGAAAUGAGCCAGCAUUCACGUACCUUCCCUAUACUGACAUCUUUACUUUCCCAAAUGUCAGGGAAAGCACAGCCAAUAGAGGUAAUUUUAGAUACUAACCUCAAAAAAGAAAUUGAGGAAAAUAGAAAGAAACUUGGCUCAAUUGUAGAUUCUGUUAUUUUUUGUGGCCAUCUUGGUUUACCAUUACGUGGUCAUCGUGAUGACUCUAAAUACCAUCCAGAAGUUGGCAAUUACUCUACCGGGGGAGUUGGUAAUUUUGUAGAAUGUCUUAAUUUUAGAGUUUGGGCUGGGGACAAAGUUUUGGAGGACCAUUUGAAAAAUUGUGGUAAAAAUAAGAGUUAUAUUUCUAAGACAAGCCAAAAUAAAAUUAUUAAGUGUUGUGGUCAAGUGAUCAGUGAACAGAUAAUUCAAGAUAUUAAGGCUAGUAAAUUUUAUUCUAUUAUUGCAGAUGAGGCUGCAGACUCUUCUCAUAAGGAGCAAAUGUCUCUUGUUUUACGUUUUGUAGACAUUGACAUGAAUAUUCGUGAAGAAUUUAUUGCUUUCCUUCAGUGUAGGUGGGGGUUAACUGGUGAACAACUUGCCAAGUUAAUCUUAGAAGCUCUUAACAACCUGACAUUAUCUAUUGAUGAUUGUCGAGGGCAAGGUUAUGAUGGUGCAGGUGCUGUGGCGGGACAUAUCAAUGGCUUGUCAGAAAAUAUUUUACGUAUUAAUGAGAAAGCCGUCUAUACCCAUUGUUAUAGUCAUCGACUUAAUUUGGCUGUAUGUGAUUCUUUGACUGUUGUUGAGGUCAAUACUAUGAUGAAACAUGUUAAAGAAGUCUCACAUUUUAUUAAUAUCUCCCAGACACAUAACAUGCCUUUUGAGGAAAUUGUCCGCAAUUAUCCUGAGAGAGAAUCUCAGAAAAAACGGCUGGUAGAUGUUUGUCGGACCAGAUGGGUUGAGCGAAUUGCGGGUUUGGAUACAUUUAUUGAGCUUUUUGUCCCUUUAUAUGAUACCCUCAAGGAGAUGAAAGAUAAUGUACAAGGGAGCUAUAGACCAAACCUUCUCACUGACGCUUCUCAUUUUUAUAAUCUUGUUGCACAGUUUGAAUUUAUUGUAGCUUUUGAUCGUUAA